AUGGCUCAGGCUCAGGCUCAGCCUGAGCAAGGUGGUUCGUCGGGUGACGCCGAGCGGGCUAUGCACAGUCGCGUCUCUGUUUCCGAGGGACGCUCCUCUAGACGUAUCUCCCGCGUGUCCUACAAGGAAGACUGGGCCAACCUUGAUGAGUACGGCAAGCUUGUCAAGUACGUCUCCACUUUUCGGGAGGGGAGAGGCGACGAAGGCGCUGGGGAAGAAGAGGUGAGGCGGGUCUGGUAUGCUCCCUGGAAAAAGCGCAAGGUGGUUGUCAGGCGCGUCGACCAGGAUCUGCGGCUGCUACCAGAUGACUGGCUCCUCACCGACAUUCGUCAGGGCCUGCCCAGUGGUGAAGUCCCGGUCAGGCGUCGACGGGUAGGGUGGAACGAGCUGGUGUCGGAAAAAGAGAAUCCAAUCGCCAAAGUCAUUUCCUACUUCCGAGGCCCAAUUCUCUAUGUGAUGGAGCUGGCUGUCCUUCUUGCUGCCGGAUUGGACGACUGGAUCGAUUUUGGUGUGAUCAUCGGUAUUUUAGGCCUCAAUGCUUCCGUUGGUUGGUACCAGGAGAAACAAGCGGCCGACGUGGUAGCCAGCCUGAAAGGUGACAUUGCAAUGAGAGCCACGGUCAUUCGUGAUGGCCAAGAAAAGGAGAUCCUGGCCCGCGAGCUCGUCCCUGGCGAUGUGAUUAUUAUUGCAGAAGGUCAGAUUGUUCCAGCUGAUUCGCGGGUAGUCUGUGAUUUCAAAGACCCCAACGGGUUUGAGGAGUUCAAAACCAUCCGGGAUCAAGGCGACCUCAGCAGCACCUCGGAGUCUGAUCUUGACGACAAUGAGCCUGCAGAGGGCCAAGAAAAGGAAGAAAAGCAGGAAAAGAAAGAGCAAAAGCAGAGGAAGCGAGGGUAUCCUAUCUUGGCUUGUGACCACUCGUCUAUUACUGGAGAGUCGCUUGCGGUUGAUCGUUUUAUGGGCGAGAUGAUCUACUAUACCACGGGUUGCAAGCGCGGUAAGGCCUUCGCCAUUGUCCAGGCUAGCGCAAAGUCCUCUUUCGUGGGUAAAACGGCCAGUAUGGUCCAGUCGGCCCAAGGCGCUGGCCAUUUCGAAAUUGUCAUGGACAACAUUGGCAUGUCUCUUUUGAUCCUCGUCAUGGCGUGGAUCUUGGCGGCCUGGAUUGGUGGCUUCUUCCGCCAUCUGCCAAUUGCCGAGCCUCGUCAGCAGACCCUUCUUCAUUACACCCUUGCCUUGCUCAUUGUCGGUGUGCCCGUUGGUCUUCCAGUGGUGACCACCACCACGAUGGCCGUGGGAGCCGCAUACCUCGCGAAGAAGAAGGCAAUCGUGCAGAAGUUGACCGCGAUUGAGUCCCUGGCGGGCGUGGAUAUCCUUUGUUCUGACAAGACUGGUACACUGACGGCCAAUAAGUUGAGCAUUCGAAGCCCAUAUGCUGCCGAAGGCGUUGACAUUGAUUGGAUGUUUGCCGUGGCUGUCCUGGCGUCAUCACACAAUAUAGAUUCACUGGACCCGAUUGACAAAGUGACAAUCCUUUCCCUCAGGCAGUAUCCCAAAGCCAGGGAGAUCCUUCGCAGGGGCUGGCAGACGGAAAAAUUCCAACCCUUCGACCCGGUCUCCAAGCGCAUUGUAACGGUUGCCACUUGCGAUGGGAUUAGAUACACCUGUACUAAGGGCGCCCCCAAGGCAGUCCUCCAACUGGCAAAGUGUUCUAAAGAGACGGCCGACCACUACAAGGCAAAGACCCAGGAGUUUGCGCAUCGCGGCUUCCGCUCCCUCGGAGUGGCAGUGCAAAAGGAGGGAGAAGACUGGACACUCCUUGGUAUCCUUCCCAUGUUUGACCCUCCCCGAGACGACACGGCGCAGACGAUCCAUGAAGCGCAGAACUUGGGCAUUAGUGUCAAGAUGCUUACCGGUGACGCCCUCGCGAUUGCCAAGGAGACCUGCAAGAUGCUUGCUCUUGGGACCAAAGUGUACAACUCCGACAAACUGAUUCACGGAGGACUGAGUGGUGCCAUGGCUGGUGACUUGGUGGAGAAAGCCGAUGGAUUUGCGGAGGUGUUCCCGGAACACAAAUACCAAGUGGUACAGAUGCUCCAAGAACGAGGCCAUCUGACGGCAAUGACCGGAGACGGUGUUAACGACGCGCCAUCGUUGAAGAAGGCUGAUUGUGGCAUCGCGGUUGAGGGCGCCUCCGAGGCUGCACAGUCGGCGUCGGACAUUGUCUUCUUGGAACCCGGGCUUUCGACCAUCAUUGACUCGAUUAAGAUGGCUCGGCAGAUUUUCCACCGCAUGAAAGCAUACAUCCAGUAUCGGAUUGCCCUUUGCUUGCACUUAGAGAUCUACCUGGUCACGUCGAUGAUCAUCAUCAAUGAAAGUAUUCGAGUCGAGCUGAUUGUUUUCCUUGCCCUGUUUGCCGAUCUGGCGACUGUUGCGGUGGCAUAUGAUAAUGCGUCGUUUGAACUGCGACCCGUACAAUGGCAGAUUCCCAAGAUUUGGUUCAUUUCGGUGCUACUGGGUGUUCUGUUGGCCUUGGGAACGUGGGUGGUUCGUGGCAGCAUGUUCCUUCCCUCCGGUGGCAUCAUCCAGAACUGGGGUUCGAUCCAGGAAGUCAUCUUCCUCGAGGUUGCCCUCACGGAGAACUGGCUCAUCUUCGUCACUCGAGGUGCCGAAACCUGGCCGUCCAUCCACUUGGUCACGGCCAUUCUCGGCGUGGAUGUCCUGGCGACGAUCUUCUGCCUGUUCGGCUGGUUCACGAAUCAAACCAUGCCCACCAAUCCCAAAGACAAGUUUGUGGAGACCACGAACGGGUGGACGGAUAUCGUCACCGUGGUCCGGGUUUGGGGCUAUUCAUUGGGGGUGGAGAUUGUCAUCGCCCUGGUGUACUUCAUGCUGAACAAGUUCAAGUGGCUGGAUGAUCUUGGUCGAGCCAAGCAAGAUAAAGAUGCGCUCAAGUUCGAGAACCUGCUGGGCCACCUGGCGCGGUUGACCGUCGAAUACGAGAAGCCUGGUGAGCCGCCAGGUCGGUUCUUUUUGGCAACUAGCAAGGAAGAGGAGGAAGUCGACUAA